AUGAGUGCGAUUUACGACCGACCAGUGCCGCUGGGCAUCAAAUUGUGGACGCAACAGUGGUUUUUUAAACAGCUGCCUGGUGGCAAGCCCUUUGUCCGACACCUCAAUAGUCUGCACGACCAGAUAACGGUUGAAAAGUUUGAUUUCAUAACAAGCUUGAGCGCACGAGGUCUGUACGAUACAGCUGUGCUGUUGUUCAUUACAGCACCACCUCCGCAUCACCUGAAAUUCUUGAAACAGCUGUUAAUCCAUCUCUGA